GCUAACCCGGAAAUACUCCAGACGAGGAUCAUGCUUUAUGUGUUGUGUACACUGAUAGUUUAAUCUUCUUUUUACUAUGGAUUGUUUAAUGAAGCAACUUUAGAUGAAUGUUUAUAACACCACAAAUAAUUAAGCUGUUCUCUUAAAUUGAUAAAACCGUUUAUUGUCAGCUCAUCGAACUUUAAAUAUUAUUACAGUGUUCAUCUUAAUAGACCACAAUGGGCAAAAAGAACAGGAAAGACAGAAGUGCUGGUACCAACGACACCAUUGAUACAUUAGAUAUUUCCUGUAGUCACAUUCGUAAAGGAAUAGAUCACAGUUUACUGAAGAGAGUCAGCUUGAACGAACACUGGAACCUGUGUCAAGACUGUGCACCAGUAAGUCCAGAUGACAGUAAGAGAGCAGAUGAUGAAGAUCACAGGGAGAGUCCAGCUGACAGCGAGAUCUCAGAAAAUCACAGAGAAACUCCAGCUGUGUGGAUGUGUCUGAAAUGUGGCCACAGAGGUUGUGGGAGAAAUUCUGAUAAGCAGCAUGCGAUCAAACACUAUGAAACACCUCGAUCAGAGCCCCAUAUCUUAGUGCUCAGUUUGGAUGUUUGGAGCGUCUGGUGUUACAUCUGUGAUGAAGAAGUCCAGUAUUCCAGCACAGGCCAGCUGGCACAGCUCAUAACAAACAUAAGAAAACAAGUGCUGUCAGAGCCGGGCAAGAAAACCUCUAACAGGAAAGGCAAAAAGGAAGAGAGUUUGGUGGAGAAGCCCAACGAGCAGAUGCAAAGUGAGGAAAAGGAGAGCAAGGAGGACCACAAACUUAUCUCAAAACACAAUGAGAGCCCCAAAAAACAGAAAGCGUCCACGGUCAUCUCUGGUGCAGUACCUGUCAGGGGUCUCAGUAAUCUGGGGAACACAUGUUUCUUCAAUGCUGUCAUGCAGAAUUUGUCCCAGACGAAUCUAUUGAGAGACCUGCUGAAUCAGAUCACAGAUGAGAAGAGCAGUCUCACCAUCACACCUGAUCUGUCCUCUCAGCUGGAGCCUAUUCAGAUCCAGCUGGAAAGACCCGGCUCACUCACGCUGGCCAUGUGUCAGUUACUGAAUGAAAUCCAGGAGACGAAGAAAGGUACCGUGACCCCAAAGGAACUAUUUACACAAGUGUGUAAAAAAGCGUCCCGGUUCAGAGGAUUCCAGCAGCAGGACAGUCAGGAGCUCCUACGCUACCUCCUGGACGGCAUGAGGGCGGAAGAAGUGAAAAGAGUAAAUUCAGGUAUUCUGGAUGCUUUGAAAAACUCUGGCAAACAUUUAGAAGCUGAGCAGACAAAGAAAGUUGUUAAAGAGUAUGAGAAUAAGGGCACACCCAAGAACUUUGUCGAGCGAGUGUUUGGUGGAGAGUUGACCAGCACGGUGAUGUGUAAAGAAUGCAGAACUGUGUCUCUGGUGACCGAGAUGUUUCUAGAUCUUUCUCUUCCUGUAGCUGAUGAGGCCUACAGGAAGAAGAGUCAGAAGAAAGCGGUACAGCAUCGCAGCACUGUCAGUGAGGAUGGAGAUAACACAACAUCUCUGGUUAAUGGGAAUGAAGAAAUGCCUACAGGAGCAGGGAGCAAGUACCAACAGAAGAAAGCCAAGAAACAGGCCAAGAAACAAACCAAGAUUCAGAGACGACAGCAGAAAGUGGGAAGUAAAGUCACUCUGGAUGUGCUGACCGCUCAGAAUGCCGAAAGCAGUACAAAUCCAGAAGAGAUACCUGAGGGGAGCGCUGAUGUGGAAACCGGUGAAAGAACCGAACCGCAUCAAUCACCCGAAACGAAUGCCUCGCCUCCCGCACCAUCCCAAAAAGAUGAAGAAGAUGAUGAGGAACCUGAACAAGAACCCAGUACUUCUGUUGACAACCGCUUUACUGCCUUAUCGGAAGACCUUAACUCUGAAGAAAUGUCCGUGGAUGGAGAAACAAACGAGGGGGGGAGUGAAAUCGCGGAAGAGGAUGGAGAUGUCCAUGCCGAGGAGGAUUGUUUGCUUGAAGAACUAAACAUCAUGUCGCUUGACGCAACACUAGAAGGACACGAGAUGGAGAAUGGAGAUGAUGUGAUAGUAGAUGCUAAAGAAUACACUGUGGUCAAUCAGGACCCCGAGCUUGCAUUUCACAGGCUGGCCACUAGGGAGGCACCAGGGAAACAGGACUGCUCAGUGGAGUCUUGCCUUUAUCAGUUUACAGAGGCUGAGCAACUCACAGAGAACAACAGACUGAUGUGUGUUACCUGUACAAAACGUCAGUCCGGACCUAAAGCCUCGGAAGGUGGUAAGAAAGGGGUUUACAGAGACGCUCUGAAGCAGAUGCUCAUCUCUUCUCCUCCCCCCGUGCUCACACUUCACCUGAAAAGAUUCCAACAGGUCUCAUACAGUGUUUGUAAAGUAAACCGACACGUUCAGUUCCCUCAAAUCCUGGAUCUUGCGCCGUUCUGCUCCUUGAACUGCAAGGGAAUUACAGAGAGUGAGACGCGAGUGUUGUACAGUCUUUACGGCAUAGUGGAACACAGUGGAACCAUGCGAUCAGGACACUACACAGCUUUCGUUAAAUCCCGAACAUCCACGCACAACUCAGUAGAAAACGGUGAUGUCGAGGCCAGUAAAGGGUCGUGGUUCCACGUAAGCGACACCAGCAUCCAUCCGGUUACAGAGGCCAAAGUUCAGAGUUCUCAAGCCUACCUCCUGUUCUACGAGAAGAUCUUAUAAUCAUGUGGUCUAUUCAACCCAAAAGGGCUGCUGGAGCUUCAUUCUGUCUCCAUCGCUGCUGAUGCUGCUGGGAAAUCCUGUUAUAACAAACUGAAAAGAAAUGAAAACUUGAAGUUGUAUGAGCAGAUUUUUUCUGUGUAUUAUCAGCGGCUGUACCAGGGAAACGGUUUUAAUUUACCAAUCAAGAUCCACAACAUACAUGUAAUACAUUUAAUAAAAAUAUCAUGAAAUAUUUGUAUUAAAUGUCAAAUUAUGUAAUGAUUUGAUGAACGUUUAUGAUGGUUUCUUUCACAAAGCAACUCUGCUUCCAAGACUGACUUUUAUUUUCAUAACGAUUAUGCACAUUUUGGGGGAACACAUGAGACAUGAUCAACCGUGUUUACAUUAUGUCGUGAUAGUUAUCCUAUUACAUUUUAAAUGUAUUAUUUUUAAUGUCUGAAAUAUAUACUGUGGUACAGUUUUAUCUUGCAAUAAAUAUUAAAUAAAUAAUUACCUGUCCCCAAUAA